CACGGCUCUCUGAAAACGAGGGUGAACGGUCAGCUUAGCAGCGCAUUUGGACGCUGGCGCACUCACGUUAAUAGUAUGGAACGUCACUAAUACCAGCAUAGGUUUUCUACAGUAGCCGUCGGAGGACAAAAGGGAACACGCGUUCGAAGAAAUGUAGGUACAAAUGUUGCAAGAAACAGAGGGAAGUACAAUUAUUGGUUAUACCACUCUCUACAGAGUGGUCAGUAAUGAAUAUGACGAGAUAACAGUGACGUGUCUCAACCACAGAGAUGCUCAGCAUUGGCAGUAAAACGUCUCAACCGCCAUCACGGGUUACGUCUGCGACGUUGUCCAUUCCUGAGACAUUUAGCGACAAUGAGUUUAUCGGUGUGUCAACGAGAGGAGCCUUUUACAAGAGAAGACCGCCGUCAGAGCGUCGCCUGCUGAUCUUACUGAUCGUCGCUUUUGUCCUUAGCAUCGCUCUUACCAUCGCCCUGGCUGUCAUGUGCUACAACAACUCCCGAUUUCCAACAGCUGUUCGAAUAUGUGACUCCGUUGAUUGCGUCAGGUCAGCCGCCAGCCUGUUGCAGUCGAUGGACCGGACCGUGGACCCAUGCGAAGAUUUUUACACCUUCACGUGCGGUAACUGGGCAGGCGAACACCCGACGCCUGACACAGCCAUCGAGCACAAUUGGUUCACGGAGCGCACCCACCACAUGAUGAGGCGCAUCCGAGAUCACUUGCAAAAGAAUGGUUCUGAGAGCGAACCUCUUCCAGUCACACAGGCCAGGAUCAUGCAUAAAUCCUGCAUGAAUACAGACGAGCUAGACUCGCAGGGCCUGGAGCCAAUGUUUCAGAUCCUGAGGGAUAUCGGGAUGCAGGUUCGUCCCCCCCUCAACGCUGAAACCACGCAUGAGCCUUUCAACUGGGUGCCAAUAGCCGUGAAGACGAAGAGGCGUAUCUUCCAGGAUCUGCUUGUUGGAUUGUCGGUAUAUCCGCAGAACUCGAAUCGGACCGUACAGAGGCUGACGUUGGGAACUCCCGACAUCAGAUCGCCUCUACCAGGGUACCGAGACAUAGACAAGCGAAUUGAUAAACAAAGAAGAAGAAGGGCAAAAGUUAGUGACGGAGGAGAGGACCAGGACAUAUAUUCUACUGCCUUCUUGCAGUACCUGGCGCAGACUAUAUCGUACAUACAUAGGUGGAACAACACCGCGUCCUUGGACAAAGAUUUCGAUAUUUCCGUGAAAAUGGCAGCCAUACGAAUUCUGGAAAUGGACGACAGGUUAACAGAAAUUAUUAAUGAAAAUGAUGUAUCAGACGCCGAUGCAAUUGAGAUGUCAGUAGAGGAAUUACAAAAGUGGACCGAUGUAAACCUCAAUGGAACCUUACAGUUGAAUUGGACGGAAUAUUUCACACUCAUGUUUGAAGGAAUCGAAAACGUGACCCUUGACCUAGAAGGAGAAGACAAGGUCGUAGUGACUAAUGCAGAAUAUCUCAAGUCUUUGGCCAAGUUACUUUCAGAAACUCCCAGUAAAACUGUCGAACUAGCGCUGUGGUGGGAAGUGGUGCACAUACUAGCUCCACAAACCAACAGAGACAUGAGAGAAAUGAAAGAACACUACAUCGAAAAAAUUAUGGGAGGCAGAGCCCCAGAGGCAAGAUCUACAUUCUGCACAAAUGUAGUGAACUCUCUGAUGGGCAUGGCUGUCAGCUACUUCAUAGCAGAUCCCAAGUUCUUAAACGCCACAAGAAAUAAGGUGGUGGAUAUGCUAGCCGACAUACAGUGGGCAUUCUCGUCUCUGGUUCGUUCUGUGGACUGGAUGGAUGAAGACACAAAAAUGGCUACUCUGGACAAAGCGGCUGCAGUUAAACAUUUCGUCGGUUAUCCGGAGUGGCUUUUGGAGAGGAACGAGUUGGAAACAUACUAUGAAGGGGUAGAAGUGAAUGAAACUGCCUACAUGUCCAACCUGGUCAGAACCGUUGGGCUAUUCACAACGACAAUGCUCCAGAGCCUUAGGAAACCAAAUGACGAGGACAGUUGGGUUACGGAUCCUACAGAUGUCAACGCCUUUCACACUUUCCAAGCCAAUGCAAUCACCGUGCCCUCUGGAAUUCUGCAGUUUCCGUUUUACGAACUGGGACUCGAGGCGCUGAAUUACGGAGCCAUAGGAACAAUACUAGGGCAUGAACUGACACACGGAUUCGAUAACUCAGGCAGGCAGUAUGACAGAGAUGGAAAUAUGCGGCAGUGGUGGACGAACGCGACCGUCGAGGAAUACGUGAACAGGACGGCCUGUUUUAUAGAGCAGUACAGUAGCUACCGGCUGAAGGAGAUUGACGGCUGGGUAAAUGGGCGUCUGACUCUAGGAGAGAAUAUCGCUGACAAUGGCGGGCUCCGUGAGUCCCUGAGGGCUUAUCAGAGAUUUCGAGAAAGAAACGGGCCUGAACCAAAGAUGCCAGGCCUAGAAGCUUUUUCCGACGAGCAACUGUUCUUUCUAUCCUUCGCUAACGUGUGGUGUGAGAACUGGACCAAAGAAUCUCUUCACUGGAGCAUGGAUGAUGAACACUCCCCAAACCACAUCAGGGUGCUGGGGGUUCUUUCAAACUCUCCCGAGUUUUCUAAGGUCUGGAAAUGUCCGAAAGGUUCGCUGAUGAAUCCCGAACGGGAAAAAUGCAGGAUAUGGUAAACAACCCCUGGAUAUGAUGUACUUACUUCUUUUAAGCGGGGCCUGUAAGGACGCACAGAGCCUUCCUAAAUCUUACAAAAUUUCGGUCAGUCAUUUUCAUUUUAUUUUAAAUUUUUGUGCUAAAUUUGCUCAUAAUAUAGGUGUGUAGAGUUAAUAAUUUCUCUAGUGAUCUUACGGAUGGAUUCUUCACUUAAUUUUUACAACUAAAUGGAAUCCAUAAACGAACGAGAUGAGUGACAUAUAGUUAUGUAUGUAAAAUCAGGUGGUAUACAUAUUUGCCGAUCACCUAAAAAGGGCUUAACGGAACACUAACAUUUACCAUGUAAUUAUUAUUAUUAUUAUUAUAAAUAAAAUGUAUUUAAGAAAUAGCUGCUGCACUAUCUACCUCAGGGGCAAGUUUGUCUCAGGUAAAUAGAAGUAAAUAUCCUGUAAAAUGGUGAAUAAAUGGAAUAGUAAUAAUAAUAAUAUAACAUCCUGAUUAUGAAAAUGUCAAUUCGAAAUGAUUACAGAAUACUACAUUUAUAACACAAAAACGUGAAAAGGAGUUAGGUUUCUGUAUCCUGCUGUAGUCGGUAUUAAAAUGUUCAGAGUGUUUCCACAAGCGUGUAUGUGUUAUGAGCGUGUUGUAAUACGUCAAUAUAAAGUUGUGAUUUAAAAAUUAGUUAGUAGAUGCAAAUAAAAAUAUUUUCACAAAAAAUAACGGACUACUUGUAUUUUAAGAGUGUUGUUAGACUGAUAAAUUUAUUUAAAAUAUAAAAGCGAACAGUAUUAGAAUUUGUUGCAUGCAAUAAAUAACAUUGUACUAUGUAACCGAAAAUGUUGUGCCUGUAAAAUAUGGUGCUAAAUAAAAUAAAGUAGUUUAAUAGAAAACAAAAUA